AGCAAUCAGCAGGAAAACCAUGAAGACUGCAUGUGCUGCUGUCGUUCUGCUGAGUCUCUUCUCAGUUUCCCAGCCGGCGUCGCUGGCCUGUGAGGUGUUGGUGCGGCCGGUAGACCAACUUCAGGAUGUUCAAGGGACAUGGUACUUUGUAGCUGUGGCUUCAUCUUACUGUUGGGCAGUAACAGUGCUGAAUACCUUAGGGUCUCCAAGUUUUCAACUUGAUAUUACCUCAACGAACAAAUCACACAUCUACGACAUGAACUUAACAGUCAAGAUUGGUGAGGAAUGUGCAAAUAACACGGCAAAGAGUUUCUUGGAGAUGGAUGGGAUAUCUUUAGCUGAUGGUAAUGAUGCCAAAACCAAUGAGAAAGGUUUGUUUCUUCGCACUAGCUGUGCUGACUGCCUCAUUCUGAAAGAUGACGACUCUCCUGCCAAUCUCCUGCUUAUGUUAAGCAGGAAACCAACUGUCACAGCUGCAGAACUGAAAGAGUUUGAGGCACAGGCAGACUGUCUUCAGCUCUACAAGCCACAAGUCCUAAACACUGAUCAUGACUGCAGUUCCAGUAACACUACAAUGGAUUCUUCACAAUUCGAGCGAGAAUUUCCAGAAAGAAUCAAAAACAUGUUCUCAGGGAUCUUCACAUGUGUUACGGAUAAAGUUUUGUACUAUCCCCGUACUGUGCUCGGAUGGGCUCAGAGCGCAUGGGAUAGUAUCUGGUAAACCAGCACCUGUUAUAAAAAUUUUUAAAAAAUAACAGAAUCAAUCACUCGUAUAUACUUUCUUACAUGUGAAAAUAAUGACAGAACUUGCUGCAAUCCACACACUGUUUGAAAUCUGUUUCUGGCAUAAGAUUUAGGAUGUAUCUUUCAAAAUACCAAACAUUAAAAAAAUAAAUUUUAUCAUCUGAUUUACUGUCCUUAUCCUUCACAAACAUGUUAUAGUAAUGUAUAGCAAAAUGAUGAUAUGGCAGGAGGAGGUGGCUUAAUGCUCUGCUUAAUAAACAACUUUUAAGGAUCUUAACUCACAUUUCAAAACUUGCACAUAUGCAAAUGCUCAUUUUGGUCAUUUCACUGUAAUUCACUGUAAAUGUGUCAGUGAAUAUUUAAAGAGAGUUGUCCAAGCUUUUUUUAUUUUGAAAAAACACAUAUAACCUCAGAGUUGACAAAUUACCAAAUAUAAAUCGAAUAUGCUAAGCUUUUAAAAUGCCAAAACCCGAUAAUUCAGCUGUGACUUUGAAUAAAUGUAAUAAAAAAUAUUAAAAUCA